AUGUUUUGGGUCUUAUUAUUUUAUACAAUAAUUGGGGUGUUAGGAGUUUCUCUCCUCCAUUCUCUCAAGUUUGUUAAAUUUUCUAUUUAUUUUGCCAAUUAUAUUAUAAACAAUAUUGUAUUAAGCGUUGAGAAUACUAAGUCACGGAAUACUUACUCGCUGAUAAUUGGCCCCUCUGGAUCGGGUAAAACCACUCUAUUCUAUAAGGUUAAAGAAAAUAAAACCACAAAAACAACGACCUCAAUUACUCCUGGACUAACCAAAGUAAAUGAUAAUAGAUAUUUGGUUGACAUCCCUGGGAACAGGAGAGUUAUUCAUGAUUUUAUUCUAAAAUAUCUGAAUAAGUCGGUUUCAAUCAUUUUUGUGAUUGAUAGCAAUGAUAAGUCAUCUUUCAAAGAUGCUGCAGAGAUCUUAUUUUCAAUUAUAAGAGAAGUUAAAAAGAUUAAAACAUAUAAAAAUGAUGUUUCAGAAACUAAUAAACAAGUAUAUAAAGUGCUAAUAUUAUGCAACAAAUCGGAUCUAAUUUCUUCACGAAAUAUUUCAUAUAUUAAAGAUGAAUUGGAACGUAGCAUUAGAGAGCGAUUGUUUAGCAUUCAGUAUUACAACUUUGAUAAUGAUUUAUCCGACCUAAUUGAUCAUGAUAAACCAUUUAGUUUUGAAAAUUUACAUUUUAUAAAUUUUCAAUUUAUAAAGCUUAGCUUUAAACAUUCGUAUGACGAAUUCAAAUCUAAGAUAGAUUUAUUCCUCCAAUAA